UUCACACUCGCACACACACACCCACCCACCACACAUUCGCAAAUCGUGCACACGUCAGCAACCGAAACUGGAAUGAAGAUGCUGUGCAGUGCGAGGAUGAUGGCGUUGGCUGCUGCGAGUGUGGUGGUGAUGGUGGUGGCAGUGUGCUGCCCCAUGGCAGUGCAGGCGCAGACAUCAGUAGCAGUUGAGAUGGAUGCAACCUGGGACUCUACCCCACUCUACAUGGAGGCCGCCGAGCUCCUGGGAGACGUGAGCGAACAGCACUUCUGGAGCUUUGUGGACGCGUUUGCACAGGCUGGCGCUGUCAAGCACGACCAAGACGGGUAUGAGCGAGCACUCUCCAUUACGGAGGACCUGUUAUCCGCCAGCUCAGUGGACGCAGUCAAGCUGUCGCUGAGUGCCCGCACCAAGUCACCAAAGGUGGCCAUGUUCUUCCAAAUUGGACAAGACGACAGCGCCCUGCUCAGUGCAAACGACAACUGCGAGGCUGUGGCUGUGGUUGGCCAGUCCGCCACCUGCAGCGCCGCUGACCUGAGCGCCAUCAUCUCCACGGCGUCGGAUCCUCCAUCCACCGUCUACGACGUCGAUCAUAUCCGCCCCUCCUCCUCCCGCAAUGACGUGCCGGUCGUCGUUCUCUACGCGGACAUUGGCUCGCCCUCCUUCAAGGACUGGCACGAAGCCCUGUCGCAGCUCUGUCAAGAAGGGAAAGUCCAAUAUGUGCUGCGGCAUCUGCAACGCACGCCUGCAUCGCGCAUGCGCCUGGUUGGCUGGGGCGCCGAGCUCGCCAUCAAGAAGACAGAGUACACUGUGAUGGACGACGCUGCCGUGCAAGAUGAUGAUGCUACCACCGCUGCUGUGGAUGACAGUGAGGAUGAAGUGGCUGGCUUCUCCUUCACAACCCUGCGGCGCCUGUAUCCAGACAAGACAGACGACCUGGAUGCAUUUAGGAGCGUGCUCCUGAACAACACCGCUGUCAUCAAGGAUCUUAAGGCGUGGGAGCUGCAGGACAUUUCGUUCCAGGCGGCGCAGAGGGUGAUGACAGCCAAGGAGCCCGUGGGCAUGCUCCAGCGUGUCAGCCAGAACUUCCCUUCCAUUGCACACACGCUCGUUGGCGUGAAGGUUGGGGACGCGUUUCGCAAGGAGGUGGAGACCAACCAACGCAGCAUGCAGCAGUUUGGCAUCUCCCCAGGCACGUCCGCCCUCAUUGUUGACGGGGUCUACACAGAUGUGACGUCCAACACGAACCUGUUCAGCCUGUUGAAGGUGAUUCAGAGCGAGAGCGACACGCUAGGCUCCUUGCAACAGCUGGGAACGGAUGCAGACACUGCCCACGCCAUCAACAGCCUGCUUGCGUCACACCAGGCCCCGGCCACGCCAAAACGCGUGGACGUGCGUUCCUCUGCCGUCAAGUACAUGAACAACCUUGAGAAGGACAGCAUGUACAGUCGCUGGGCUUCCAGCCUCGUCACGCUCCUGCGGCCAGGCCCGCCACCACACCAGCGCCACGUCGCCCGCAACAUGUACACGCUCACGGCUGUCAUCAACCCGGCGCGUGCUGAAGACCGCGCACUCCUGUCAGCACUUCACCACGAGGUAUUUGAGAACAAACUGCCGGUGCGCGUGGGCGUGGUGUUUGCGACGAGCCAGGGCCAGGCCGCCAUCACCGCCCGCGUGCCGGCGUUUGAGCCGUAUUCAUCGACGGAGAAGGUGAACGGUGACUUGGACGAGGACAGCGUGCCAACAGCCGGCGUGUUGGUGGCACGCGCGUUUGAGUACGUCAAGCGCAAAGGCUCCAACAUCAAGGCGUUUGCAUUCCUGACAGCACUCUUCAAGGCUAUGGCAGAUUCGGUGGCCGGCGAUGGCGGCGACGGCGAGCUGGUCGAUGUGCUGCGAGAGGCGUUUGUGGCACAGUACGACAUGAGCACGUGGGAGAAGCUGUUGCCUGCAAGCACAACAUACGACAAGACACGCAAGAAGAUGGAUGUGUUUGUGCACAAGCUUGGCCUUGGCGACAACGCAGAGCCCGUUGUUCUCUUCAACGGAGAGCCGCUCACACCGGGGCAGCCAGAUGAGGUGCUGUCGCAGGUGCACACAGCAAUGACCAGCACGCUACCCGCCAUUCAGCGUGCCGUGUACUACGGCUGGCUCUCCGACCACAGUGACGUGUUGGACUUCUUCAUGAAGCAGGGCGUCUCGUCCCGCGUGCUGCCCUCGCUCCUCACCUCCCCAUCCCACUUGCACGUGGCGCAGCCGGCCGACCCUGAGCACCCAGCAGACAAGCUGCUCGCGCACGUUGCGUACACGACCAAGCCGGAGACACACCCCUCUGUCAAGCCGAUGACAUACUGGCUGGUGGUGGACCUUGACACACGCGAUGGCCAGCUGUCGGCGUUUGAGCUUCUGCGGCGCCAACUGAGCACGUCGAAGCUUCGCGUCGCCAUUCUCCACGGCGGCGCCCGCGACACGCCGGGGCAGCAACUCGAGACGUACUUGCAGGCAGUUGCGCGAUAUGUGCCUGCAAGCAAGGCGCUUGGUGUUGCAGGGAAGGUGCUGGAGCGCGUGCUGGCUGGCGACGCCGUUUCGAAUGCGCUUGGCCAGACGGUUGUGGGCGUCAAGGCGUGGGCGGACGUGAUGGCCAAGGUGAAGGAGGACGAAGAUUCGUUCUCAUCAUUGCUUGCAAGCAAGCGCAGUAUGAUCGAAGCGUUUGGCCUUCCGCCUGCCGCCACCACCGUCAUACUCAAUGGCCACGUCUUUGGCCCCAUGACGGAUCGUGCCCUGCGUGCUGCCGAUUACCACCAGCUGGACAAGCGUCAUGGCGACAGCAUCAACACGCGUGCAAUCGUGCGCCACAUCGACCAGACGCAGCUGGCCACACCCCCAGCGUACGCAGCCGGCAGCGGCGACGAUGAUGCCCGUGCCCUGCAAUACCGCAACGAUGUUGUUGUUGGCGUGUGCGCAGUGUUGAGUCGCAGCCGUAUGCGUGCUGCGGAGAGCGCAGAGCAGGGCCAGCAAGUGCGGCGCGUUGAUCUGUCUCUCUUCAAAGGACUCGACACAACACACUCUGCACUUGAGCUCACAUCUGCGCUCGUUGGGCAGUCUGGCCGCACACCUCACCAGGUGUAUGCGAUUGUGGACCCUGCCUCUGACGGCGGCCAGCGCAUGGGCCCGGCGCUGUCGCUCCUCAUGCAGCACACCGCCGUGCACAUCACGCUGCUGCUCAACCCAACGCCACGCGUCUCCGAGAUGCCUGUGAAGCGGUUUUACCGUGCAGUCAUGCCCGCGAUCACCUUCUCCGAUGAUGGCACGCUCGACCCUGGCCCGCGCGCUGUGUUUGCCAACCUCCCACGUGCAUCGCUGCUUACGCUUGGCCUGGAGACGCCAGCAUCAUGGAUGGUGAAGAGCGUUGAGUCGAAGCACGACCUGGACAACAUCCACCUUCAGAGCAGCCAGCGCGGCGUGCACGCGGUCUUUGAGCUCGAGCACAUGGCGGUCGAGGGCUCGUGCGUUGAAGCGACGACACGCCGCCCAACAGCCGGCCUCCAGCUGGAACUCGGCACGCGCACGCAUGGCUCGAUGUACGACACGCUGGUGAUGGCGAACCUGGGCUACUUCCAGCUCAAGGCGACCCCCGGGGCGUGGCAGCUGUCCUUGCGAGAGGGCAGGUCCUCAGACAUCUUUGCGCUUUCGCGCGUGAAGGGCGCUGAUUCGCACUCGCCCCACGAUGCACCCGUUAUCCUCGUGCACGACCUGAGCGGCACGUUCGUGUCCGUGUCAGUUGAACGACGGCCUGGGAUGGAGGCUGCAAAGCUGCUGGAGGACAGCAGUGCCAUUGGGCUGUGGGAAUCCAUCAAGCGGCUUGUGCCGGGAUCGAAGCAGUCGAAGGAGAAGCAGCAGCAGCAGGAGCAGACGAGCAAUGAUGACAUGUACCGCUGCGUCGUGCAAAGGCCAAAGGAGGCGUCUUACCUGUACUUUAUGACGUUCCGAUUGGAGAUGAGUGGAGUGGAUAGCAUCCAAAGCGUCGAGAUCAGGGACAACAACGAGCUCUUGGGCGAUGACCAAUACAACCUCAGCGACCUCACAGUGUCUGCGAGUGACAACUUUUCCAACGCCCUCGCCAGCAUCGCCGUCAUCGCGUCGUAA